AUGAGACCUCCAAACCGGACCCCAGGGCCAGAGGAUGGGACCUUUGGACCCCGAAGCCUCCACCCCUACGGGAGCCACCCCGCUUCGGAACUCGGAACCUCUCGGGAAUCGGCCCGGGAGCACCCCGAAUUCACGCCCCCCCCCGACGCCCAAGUCACGCUGGCUCGGUCGUUCGUGAUGGUGGUCAUGGCUGGGGAGAGUCUGGGUACAGACCCCGCCGUCUACUAUCACCAAGGUUCCGACUUCGUGCUCUUGGACAUGCUUAAGAACCAGCUUGCAUAUCUCCCCGACCUCAGUGAUCUCCGGCCUGAGGCCAACAUCGACGACGCGAUCGUUGGGAAGCCCGGGGAGUCGGACCCCGAAGCGGAGGAGAGGCUUCGAUCAAUCCUCCGAAAACACCGGAUGAUUUUUUUGGGUGAAGGGAACGCGCUUCCUUCCCCGGCCCGGGGCGUCAUGUGCGACCUGGACGUUGGGGACGCACAACCCAUUUCCAUGCGGUCCCGGAGAAUUCUUGCUGAUUUACUCUCCAAGGUGUAUGAGUUGCUCAAGCAUCUCCUGGAGACUGGCCUGAUCGAGUACUCCAACUCGAAAUGGGCAUCGGUCAUCGUCCUCGUGAUGAAAACGAAUGGUAACGAUGUCCGCUUGUGCAUCGACUACCGGCUGGUGAACCAGCUGAUUAAGCUGAUGAAUUACCCCCUACCCCUGAUCUAUGAACUGAUGAGCAACUUCGCCGCCACUAUGUGGUUCAUGACGUUGGAUAUGGCGAGUGGAUUCUGGGCUGUCCCGAUGACGACCCAAGCCCAGCUGAUUUCGGCCUUCAUUUGCCCGCUCGGGCACUUUCAGUGGAAGCGCAUGCCGUUCGGGCUGAAGAACGCCCCGUUGAUUUACCGACAGCUCCUGGACAAUUGUCUCUGGGGUUUCGUCCGACUACCCCCGGAGGAGAAACGGCUUGUCGACCCGGAGGUGUUAGAGUUCUUGGGAAUCUCUCCCGAGGACUCGGUCACCCGGAUCAUCACUGGCACAGUGUUCCAUCAGAACCGGGUUGCCCCGGAGCAGAUGGGGCCUGUGCUGUCCCGGAGUUCGUACAUCGAUGACAUCACCUACGGAGCUCCGUCCUGGGAUGACCUGUGCAAAACGCUGAAUGCCCUCCUGUACCGACUGCGGUACUGGAACAUUUCGGUGAGCCUCCCAAAGAGUGAGUUCGGGGUCAAGAAAUGCAAGUACCUCGGGCACGACAUCAGCUCGGACGGAAUCCGGACGUCCCCGAAGCUAGCGGAAAAGGUCCUCAACUUGCCGUUCCUGAAGACCCAGAAGGGAGUACAGUCUUUCCUCGGGAGCCUCAACUACUACGCCAAGUUCAUCGAGGACCUACCCAUACUUGCAGCUACCCUCUACGAAGCAUCCGACAAGCAACUCCGCUUGGGACGAGAUCUGGAGAAGCCCAAGCAUGCUUUCAAGAUAUUUAAGGACCCGCUAAUGUCGACGCCACUACGACCCCGGGAGGCAAGAGAUUUCAACGCCGCUGCCGACUACAUUUCCAAGCGAGCCAUCCAGGCGCAGACAUCAUUGGGGGUCACGAACCCCAAGGAACGGAAGUUGCUCGAAGGCCUGAAUCGGAUCCAUGAAAAACGGAUGAAGGACCCGAGUCCCCGGGAACAGUCGCUGGUGGAGUGCGCGUUCCUAGCCACGGCCCGGGGCAUACCUAAGUGCUCCCCAGGAGGACUCGAAGGCACGGCGUACGCGAUGACGCGCUCAAAGUCCGAGCAAAGCAAAGCUACAGAGGAAUCGACCCCGGGACCUGGAACCGACGACCUCGAGGGCGCGGAAGAUGAACCGAUGGUCACUUCCCGAAGCCCCGACCUUCAGGACUCAGAAGAAGACCCCGACGACGUCCGCAGGGAACGAUGGAGGAGGAUCUGCUCUCACCAGGCACACGACCUGGGGCUAGCGCCCCUGGUAAGUUUCCUCCGAGGCGAGAUCGAGCAGUUGUCCCUGAGACAAACAACGCACUUAGCCAAGAUAGCGGACCAGUUUGUGCUGGACUCCCGGGAUGCCUUGUUUUACGUGAGUCGAAGCACCUCAGAACGUCCUCGGGAUGCCGCUGAUCGUCUCCGCCUGGUAGUCCCCCAGGACCUCCAGGAGGACAUUCUGCACCACUGUCACGCGGAUCUCCAAGGUGCUCAUCAGGGCAUCAUCCGGACCUACGAGAGCCUGCGCAAAGAGUUCGACUGGAUUGGAAUGUUCAAGGACACCGAGCGAUACGUCAAAGAGUGCGUUGACUGUGUUACGGCUAAGCGAUUACCCCGGAACCCAGGCUCGUCACCCGGCAACUUGCUGGCUACACGACCAUUCCAACUCGUAUCCAUGGACUUUGUGAUACCGUUGCCUCAGUCCGCCCGGAGAAAUACAGCACUACUCCUGUUCCAAUGCGCAUUCUCAGGUUUCAUCAUGUGUAAGGCCACGGCGAGCACUGAAGCCCAAGACGUGGCUGAAGCCUACGAGGUAUGCGUGUUCCGGGAGUUCGGAGCCAGCGAAAUGAUCCGUCAUGACCGAGACCCGCGAUUCAUGGGUCGGGUGCUCACGCAUUUCCGGGAGAUGCUCGGAAGCAGACAGCGCGCGACCGUGGUCUACCGCCCCCAGGCCAACGGACAACAAGAGAGGCCAGUGCAGAGAGUGAUCCGAAGCGUCAAAGCGUACGUACAGACGGUGGACCAGAGUGACUGGGAUGAGUUGGCGGAGAAACUCAUGUGGGCGCUGAACACCUCCUUCGACUUCACUCGACUUGACACGCCAUUUUAUUUAGUGCACGGUUGGGACGCCCAAGGCACCGUCGAAGCAAUGAUGGGGGCUUCCCCCGGGACGUCCAGCUCCGAGACGUCCAAGAAUGGCGCACGAAGAUCCAGCGCAAAGGCCAAAAAGCGUCGGGCAGAAUACCAUAAUCGCAAAUGGAAGCAGCUCACGGACCGGCUCAAGGAAGGUUUCGAGGUCGGGGACUCAGUGUGGCUCUUCCUAGCACGGGUCCGCCCCGGGAUCACCAAGAAGUUGGUCCAUCUCUGGCACGAUCCGUUCCGGAUACUGGAAAAAGGUAGCGAUUUCCGAUACCACCUCCAAGUCGAAGCCAUGAGCAUCCCGGAGGACGACGACUUCGACGCCGCGCUGCUCCGUGAAGGUAGCUGGAAACCUGACGAGGGUUCCAGGGAAUACGAAGUAGAAGCGAUACACGAUGAAUAUCAGGUGAAAUGGAAAGGGUAUGAAGUGCCGGACUGGGUUCCUCAGGGGCGUCUCAAUUGGGGGAGGGUACUCUACGAGUUCGACCAAGGAGAGCGAGCCCGCGUGCGUUUCCAGGUCAUGCCGUCUGGAGACGAGCUCCCGGACGAAGACGUUCGGUAG